CACGUCAUUUCCGGCGGCCUCCGACCGAGCGGCGGCAACGGUUUCCAGGUGACGGGGGCGGCGGUUGAGCUCUCGCUGCGUUGCGGGCGCCGGUCUUCGGACGACAAUUACUAGGAAUUUAAAUAUUUCACAGUUUGAACUCUUCCAUUAAAAUCAAGCCAUGUUGGGAUCAGGAUUUAAAGCUGAAAGGUUACGGGUCAAUCUGCGACUUGUCAUCAACCGCCUUAAACUAUUGGAGAAAAAGAAAACUGAGUUAGCGCAGAAAGCCAGAAAAGAGAUUGCAGAUUACCUUUCAUCUGGAAAGGAUGAACGGGCUCGAAUCCGCGUUGAGCAUAUUAUUCGUGAGGACUAUUUGGUGGAAGCAAUGGAGAUUCUGGAGUUGUACUGUGAUUUGUUACUGGCACGCUUUGGCUUGAUUCAAUCAAUGAAGGAGCUUGACCCAGGCCUGGGUGAGUCUGUUUCUACUCUGAUUUGGGCAGCCCCACGACUCCAGAGUGAAGUAACGGAACUCAAAGUUGUUUCAGACCAACUUUGUGCCAAAUACAGCAAAGAAUACGGAAAGCUCUGCAGGACAAACCAGAUUGGGACUGUGAAUGAAAGGCUUAUGCAUAAGCUAAGUGUGGAGGCACCGCCAAAAAUCCUGGUUGAGCGAUACUUAAUUGAGAUUGCCAAGAACUACAAUGUUCCCUAUGAACCUGAUGCUGUUGUCAUGAGCGAAGCCCCAGUUGGAGUGGAAGCAGAUUUGAUUAAUGUAGAUAAUGAUGACAAGAAGGGUGGUCACAGUGGAGGUGGAGGCGGAGGAUACAUGGGACCCCCAAUAGGCUUGCCAAUGCCCACGCCAUCUGUUCCAUUUUCCUAUCCUCCAGGAAAGGAGUUUAAUGGUUUGUCGGUGGACACUUAUCAGCCAUUCACCAAUUUUCAACCACCCCACAUGGGAGGUCACCCACCCCCGGUACCAACAAUGCCACCGACAUAUGAAUCUCUUGACGAUAUGAAGAAUGUUGACACUAUGUUUCCUGAUUCAAAGGUUUCUGACCCAAAUCUUGCACCCAGACGCAUUCCUCCGGGGGGAGCGGCUUCCAGUGACUUCAUUUAUGACAACGUGACCCUUCCGGAGCUGCCCUCUGUGCCCGAUUCCCUCCCAGCAACAUCUUUCGGCGGCAACUCUGCAGCUUCAGAAGAUAUUGAUUUUGACGACUUAUCUCGCAGAUUUGAAGACCUGAAAAAGAAAACCUAACUUGCUAACUAAGAGAGCUCUUGUUUUUCGUGAAAUCAUUCUAAAUUCCUUAAUAUUUCUUGACUAGAACCUGAAAGCUUCAUCAUAGAAGCAGUCGCUAUUAGUAAUCUUCAAUAUUAACACUUUUCUUGAACAGUUGUACCAGCAGCUGGUAUUGUACUGUACUUUCAGAUAUUUUAUUAUAUCCGGGUCCUGGUAAUGUUGGGGAAAGGCUCUUGUCACAAACCAGGGCUUGUAGUGGGGCACUGAUGUUUGAGAGUUGUUUUUUUCCUUUAUUAGAAUUUAGAAACUGAUUGAAUUUGAAAACUAGUUUCCUUCAAAGUGCUCUAAAUGGUCAGCAAGGCUUGAUCAUUUGAAGAAUGGACAGGAAUGGUAUUUGGGUUAAUAGUGGGAUUGCACUAGGUGUGUCGGAAUUAACGAAUAUCCUAAUUUAAUCUGGAUUUAUGAUCAUGGAAUGGUAAUUAUAUAUUGUAUUCAUCUAAUUAUUCAUACAUCCUGUCAAUUUCAGAGGGAAGUACUAAUGCAUACAAUACCUUUCUAUAUAAAGGGGGAAGGAACUAUCUUGUCUUAUGAGGUCUGAUGCAUAAUCCAAUCCAUAAUCAAGCCUUAUGUAUAUUAUCUUUUUCUUUAUUUCAGCCUUGUAAAAAAAUAAUAAAUUGGAAGUUUUAUCACAGGAAGUGACAGUUUCAAGUGAUAAAAAUUACUUUGUGAAAUUCUAGCAUUGCAAUUGUAUUUUCUUAACAUUAUGCCUAGAUUUUUUUAUUCACAAAGAAAACUGGAAUAUUUGUUGUACAGAUUUGACUUUAUAAACAAUGGCGUUUGCAGUCUGGUGAUGCUUUACUAUCUGUCAAUUCCAGUAAUCAGAAGUGAUGAUAACCAUAAUUCGAUAUUGCAGCAGUAACUGUUCCGGCCUUUGCAGGGUCUGAUAUCUUUGUAUUUAUUAAAAAAAAAGAAAUGUGAAGCCUGGAAUUCAGGCUUUAGUGUUGAUGGCUUCUUACAAAGUCUGGUUUUCUGUUUAACUGUUGGUUUUAACAAAACGAUUACUACCAAACACUCAACGCGAGAGGGGAAAUGCUCUUAUUUUAUAUUCAUUUUCAAGUUGUCAACCAUAUUGUUAUUCAUAGUCGACUAGUUAAUUAGAUGAGGAUGGCUGACAGUGCAGGCUUAUUUAUAGACAUAUGUACAUACAUUCAUGACUGAUGUCGAUGUACCUAAAGUUAGAGUGUUUACAUCAGGGACAGGAUGAAUGGUGUGUUAACCAGUCAGUGAGAUCGUCACCGCUUCUCAGAGUAAUUUGUUAAUCGCAUACAUUGACCUAACUCUUCAAAGAAAACGUUGGAACAUUUCACAACUCGCUUCAAGAACAUUCAUGCUUUUAAAAGGUCUGACCUGAGUGUUCAGCUCGGGGGGGGAGGGGGGGAGUAACGUUUUGAUUCACUUUCGAUCUGUUUAAGUUUAUUCACAUUCAAUAACGCCUUCGGAGGCCGUAUCGGUCAGGUUCGGGUUUUAUACCUCAAUCUCUUUUGUAGGCCUGGUGUAUAACAUGGAAACAAAUAUCAACAACUGCAAAUAAAAAUGUUAAAAGGU